UUCUCUUUUAGUCUAUUAAUAUAUAUAGUCUUAGUGAGAGUAAAAGAGAAAGAUUCCCGCCAUUUGCAAAUUUCGAUUUUCGCGGGAGGCCCCCUGGCUCCGUAAGACGCUCCACUGUUUCGGGUGAAGCACUGAUAAUUCUGCUAGACGAUACUUUGCGGGUAUUAAGCAAAAUCGUUUUUAUUAAGGUUCCGUAGCCAAAUGGCAAAAAACGGAACCCUUAUAGAUUCGUCAUGUCCGUCUGUCUGUCCGAUUAUGUCACAGCCACUUUUUAAGUACUUUUAUUUUUACGUAUCUGUGGCGUUUCGUGACGUUGCGCUUAAUUACAAUAAUUUAAUAUGCAAAAUACCCUUUAUUUGCAUUUUAGUGUCAGAUUUUUAUUUGUGCAUGUUUAAUGAGACUAAUGACAGUGCAUGCACUGCAGUGUGUGUGUCAUGACACACGAAAGCAAACUCAAAACAGUUUAUUAGUGUAUUUCGCUAACUUUGCACCUACUAUAAAAGACCAAAGUGAGUUAGUGCCAUCAUAAACGAUUUUUCAUAUAUUUUUUACACUAUGUCGGUGGCAAAUAAGUAUACGGCCCGCUUGACGAUACCGCUGGAUGCUGCUAGUAACCAUCUCCCUCGUGGCCGGCUUCCUGACGCUCUCCAUGAACCUGACGCAGCUAGUCACAGAACCCCCCCUCGUCAUCAGCCUGCAGAACGCCCAGCACUCCAUCGAGCAUCUGGCUUUUCCAGCUGUCGCAUUAUGCAGCUUUAACGUUAUCAGCCAACGGAAGUUGAAUGCCAUUUCAGCCAAAGUAGCCAGUGUGGGCCAGAACCGCACCUACUCUGCUAGGGCUAUUCGCUGGAAUCUACUAGAUUCUGGCGCCCUACUGACCCUGCCGCUGCUCAAGGUGGAUCUCCAGUUUGCGCACUAUCUCUCUAAGAUUGAUUCUAGCGGAGUACUGAACGUUACGUCACUUAUGGUCGAGCUAGCCCCGAGUUGCGAGGAAGUCUUGCUGAAAUGCUCCUGGGCUGGUAGAGAGAAACCCUGUGGGAGAUUGUUCGCAACUCGCAUUACCUCCGUUGGAGUUUGCUGCGUGUUCAACGGUCGAUAUGAGGAUUUCGAUCGCCAGACCCCUCCGAAGAUCUUGGACAAGGUCGGUCCAGAAAAUGGUCUCUCGGUGGCCAUCAGAGAAGACGUUAAUGACUUCGCUUAUGUGAGGAAACCAUCAAGUGGCAUUGAGGUGCUGAUAUUCGACGGCACCGAAUACCCGUUCCUAGAAGGCGGGUCCGUACGCGUGCAGCUCGCCCCCCGCGAGACCUCCUCGUACUACACCAUCUCCGUCCGCGCGCAAGUUGUCAGCCCAGAGAUCGUCUACUUCACUGAAGCUUGGCGUGGCUGCCGCAUAUCCAAUCCCAGCCCCGCUCUCGCCAGCCGAAGCUACUCCUGGUGUCUGCUGGAGUGCCGCCGCAACGCCGCGCUGCAGCUGUGCGGCUGCGUGCCCUACUCGCUGCAACCAAGGCAGGAGCGGGUUUGUACUCUCAACGAGCUCAGCUGCUUGAACAAGCACCGAGAGAAGUUUAUGUACUACCACCCCAUGGGCUACACCUUGGAAGACCCGCACGGGGAGACCCUAAGCGAGGAGCUGCAGGAUGCCCUCUUCUGUUCAGAGUGCUGUGCGGAUUGCGCUCGCCCCGUCUACUACGUGACAGCAUCCUACGCACCGUAUCACGGCCGGCAUAAGUCAGUGUUCUUGGACAAAUUCACACACGGCCUGUCACUGAUAAAUACGAGCGUGUUCCACUUCUUCUACUCGUCGGAAGACCAGUAUCUGUACGCGGUGAUGAGUAACUCGGACUGGUACGAGACAAUCGGCUCAAUCAGCAGCCAAUGUGUGAUUCUCCUGGGCAUCAGCCUGGUGGCCGUGUUCGAGUUAGUGUUCCACUGCACCGUUAGAUGGCGCCACCAUUAUAAGCGGCGCAGGAGACUACGAAUACAACAGAAGGCAUUCGCAUAAUAGAUUAUUAUUAUAAGUUAGUUAGUUUAAUUGUAAGUUACUUUUAUUAUGUGUUUUUGUACAAUAAAGAGUUUACUACUACUACUGCUAUUAUAGUUGCAUAGUUUUAUGGUAUUAAUGAAUAUUGAGCGUUGCGAGGGUUUCAAGGCACGAGAGUUAAACAAACUUUGCCUCCGAGUGAAACACAAAAUUUUUCACCACGCCAAUGCGAGGAAAAUACUAACUGUGAAAUAUCAAAUAAA